AUGCAGCGUCGUCUCAAACUACCACGCCCGGUUAUGCAACGGCCGGGCGGUUUGGUUCUGGCAGCGUUUCGGGCCAAUUCGAUACUCAAAGAGGCUAAGUACGAAACACUCGACAAGUUUUGUGCCGUGGAUUUGACGGCGGCCCGGAAGAAUCCUCGUCAAUUCUCGUUUCCGAAGCCUUGGUUGCAUUUCAAGAUGGGGAUUGAGCUGACUCGAGUAAGCCCUUGGAGGUGCAUCUAG